AACAGAGAUAACUACAUCCGUUCCUGCAGAUUGCUCCCUGACGGCCGCACCCUGAUUGUUGGUGGGGAAGCCAGCACGUUAUCCAUUUGGGAUCUGGCAGCUCCAACUCCUCGUAUCAAAGCAGAGCUGACAUCUUCUGCUCCGGCUUGUUAUGCCCUAGCUAUCAGCCCUGAUUCUAAGGUCUGCUUCUCUUGCUGUAGCGAUGGGAACAUUGCAGUGUGGGAUCUGCAUAACCAGACUUUAGUAAGGCAAUUUCAGGGCCACACAGAUGGAGCGAGCUGUAUUGACAUUUCUAAUGAUGGCACCAAACUAUGGACAGGAGGCUUGGACAAUACGGUCAGAUCCUGGGAUCUCAGAGAAGGCAGACAGUUACAGCAACAUGACUUCACAUCACAGAUCUUCUCACUGGGCUAUUGUCCCACUGGUGAGUGGUUGGCAGUAGGAAUGGAGAACAGUAAUGUUGAGGUGCUGCAUGUUACCAAACCGGACAAGUAUCAGCUGCAUCUUCAUGAGAGCUGUGUAUUGUCACUCAAAUUUGCUCACUGUGGCAAAUGGUUUGUAAGCACUGGAAAAGAUAAUCUUCUUAAUGCCUGGAGAACACCUUAUGGAGCCAGUAUAUUCCAGUCCAAAGAAUCCUCAUCCGUGCUUAGCUGUGAUAUCUCUGUGGAUGACAAAUACAUUGUCACUGGCUCUGGAGACAAGAAAGCUACAGUCUACGAAGUUAUUUAUUAGGGACAAAUCUGAAUACAGACAGAACUCCUUCUCCUAGCACUUUGCUGUAUAUUCCUUUUCUUUUUUCUUUCUUAACUGAGAACUUAAAUGCUCAUCCAUCACAGUUGUGAAAUUUCUUUUUACCUUUUUAACUUGCUGUUGAUUUGUGAAUGCUUAUUAAGAACUCGUGAUACCAAAUUGUCAGAUAUCUAUUUGGAAGAAGAUGGAAUAAGCAUACUUAACAGUGAACUUGACUCUAUAAUUAUGUAUUAUAGCUGUAAUGUAUUUAUUUUCUUUAAAAAGGCUUUCUAACAAUGAACUGACUAAAUAAAGCUGUCUGGCCCGGCUUUAGUUUGAAAGUUGCAUUGUAUACUUUGUGGUUUUGCAGCUGAAUAAAUUGGGGAUCUUGGAGAAGGAUGUUCCGGAGAUAGUUAAAGUUACACUAAGUAAGACUUGUAGUUUCUAUUUAAAAAAAGAAACUUUGUUAUAUUUUUUAGUCCUGUUCUUGGAUGAGACCUCUAAGUGUUAUUACAGUAUAAUUAUUUGGUGGGAAGAUGCUGUAUCUUGACAUUUUAGACAGUCUUGGAAACUUAGGAAAUUGCAAACUGUAGCCAGUGAUCUACAAGCCUGUAAUGAAUGGCAAAUUCAGUUCACAUCUAAAUUAAAUUCACUUUAAGUAAGAAUGUGCUAAUUUAUAUAUUUGCAAUGUUAAUAUAGCAUCUUGUGUACAGAUUUGUUCUCAAUGCUUUUCUGUUGAUAAACAUAAAGCGUUUUGGUGUCAAGCUAGGUUUUUUAAUAUAAACACCUCUCUUUGUUAUAUUCUAGAGAGUACAAUAAGUUGCCUCAAAGAAUCACCUUUGUUACUUCUGGAAACUUUUGCAAUGUUUCCUUGAAAAUGGGGAUAUGUGUCUUUGGGCAAUUUUUCAAUUACAAGAGAUUAUGAAAAUAUUUGAUAUGUUCUUUGGAAACUGCACUGAAAUAAGAAUGGAUGCCUACCAAUAUACAAACUCCAAAAGCAAUGACCUCCUAGGUAGGAUUUACAAGAGUACUCAUUCCGACAUACAAAAAGGAAUGGAUUCUCAUUGGGAUAAGGACUUGCUUUGUUCGCCAGCAGUUCAAUCCAAGUCUUGAUUGGAUGUCCCUAAAAUGGACACAGACUGAGCCAUUGUGCCAGAGAUAACAUGUUAUCUUUUUAUGUUGUUGUUGUUGCUGUUAAACUAUGAUCUGUGACUUUUUUUUUUUUGAAUGCUUUAAAAAAGAAAAUUCUUUAAGUCUGUGGAUCUGCUGAUGUACAGUGCCUUUGCUGCUAUGGAUCAAAAUCAAAAGACCCGUGUAGAUAAAUCUUAUUGUAUAAGUAGAAAAUGACUUAAUUUCAUACUAGAAAUGGAUUGAUGCUGCAAGUUAAGAUGGACUGUUCAUUGAAGUUCCAAAUGUGGUAGCAAAAAAUGGUGUCUUAAGUGCUUAGUGUUUGAUGUCAUUAACAGUUUCGUAAUACUCUACAUUGUAGAAAGAUUUUGAUACUAAACUGUGUCAUUGUACAUAGUUCUAAUGCAUUGUAUUGACCACCAGUACUUCUAUAAUGGUAGACUAUUGUUUGUGCAUUCAGACUUUUAAGCAUUAAACAUAGGUAACUUCUAAGAUG